CUCCUCUGUUGAUGGGCCGUGUUUACACCGGUUUGAGAUGCAGCAGAAGCAGCAUCCGCUCAGGAGCCGCGGGGCCUGCGAUGCAGAUGGUCGUUGUCAGUCGGCGAGUCUCCAGAUGUAGUUGAAGGAGCGUGACGUUGCCCCCGCUGGUCCACAUACCCCCCACCCCCCCACUGCAUGGCUUCACUUGCUGGUGUCUCACACCGCGUCUCCACGUCCCCAGUCCUGCACACCCUCAUGCUGGGGUCUCAGGCCUCUCACAGACUGACCAAUGACUGCCUGGAUCGUUCUACCGGUCAGCCUGUCCGCUUUCUCCAUCACGGGGAUAUGGAUUGUUUACGCCAUGGCAGUAAUGAACCACCAUGUUUGUCCCGUUGAGAACUGGUCAUACAACUUAACAUGCACAGAGGAAACGGCUAAGAGGGGCUUCCCAAAAACCUGCUGUACUCUUCAAGACAUCCCCCUCAUCAGUAAAUGUGGAUGCUAUCCACCAGAGAGCUGUCUCUUCAGUCUGAUUGGCAAUGUCGGGGCUUUUAUGGUGGUCAUGGUGUGCAUGCUGCGUUAUGCUCAAGUGAUCGAACACAGCCAUCACUGCUGGACCAACACAAGCGCUUUGGUGUCCGGCUGCAUUAAUGCCCUGGGUUUGGUCAUGGUGGGCAACUUUCAGGUCGAUCACGCUAAGACGCUUCAUUAUGUGGGAGCGGGUGUAGCUUUCCCUGCCGGCUUGCUGUUUGUGUGUCUGCAGUGCGUUCUGACGUACCGCAUAGCAGAGACGGCGCUGGACUACUGGAUGGCUCAUGUGCGCGUGGCUCUCUCAGCCGGAGCUCUGGUAUCUCUGGUCCUCAGUGGGAUCUUCUUCGUCCAUGAAAGUUUUGUACUGCAGCAUGCCGCGGCCAUCUGUGAAUGGGUCUUCACCGUCUUGGUCCUGGUGUACUACGGCACCUUCACCUAUGAGUUCGGCACUGUCAACAGCGAUACCAUGAUGGCGGCCUUAAUGAAGCGCAGUCAACAUCACCAUCCGGGGUCAGCGGUCAUCAUGGGGGGUAUUGGGAAGGGUGUUGCAAUGGGAUGCGGUGCCCGCAGUCUCAAGUCCCCCGGAGGCAGCAGCACUUCCACACACCUCAACUGUACACCCGAAAGCAUCGCCAUGCUUUAGGUUAUAACCCCUACUCUAUUCUCUCAGACCUCAGCACAUAACUCCCAGAACUCUUCAUCUGACUCACGGAUUUGUGAAAAACUGGUACAAGCAAUACGGAAUUACUUGUGAGGUUACAGUAAGUUUACAGGCUUGCUGAUUCUAAUCUUACAGUAAUGACCAGUUAGUCAUAACUAAGGCGUUUUGCAUGAUAUUUUGCGUUCGUGUGUAAGAUAACUCAAAGUACAGCCCCAAUAACCAGCACAGACAAUUCCUUCACGUGAUUCACGGGGGCCUCUGACGGAAGUGUUUUCAUUUUACUAUGUUAAAAUGGCAAUAACCCAUCUCUAAAGACACAUUCACACUAACGGGGAGAGAAUGGUUUAGGGCGGUCAAGUGGAUUGCUAGAAGGAUUUCUGUAUCUGGAAGUCCUGUGGAGUGCUCCAGGCCUGGAAACUGGGAGUUAGCAUUAUAACACGGUUUUAUCUUCCCGAAUAUCAGGAGGUUUUUGGUUAAAUGCAUCAAAUAAGAUACGUGCUGAACACAAGCUCAAUAUAUUUAACAUUUUAUAUUACAACAUAAAAUACCGUAAAUACCGUUUUUUUUUUUUUAAAGGCUAGUUCACCCCAAAAUUCUGUCAUUAAUUACUCGCCCUCAUGUCGGUCCUAAACUGCAAGACCUCCGUUCGUCUUCGGAACACAAAUGAAGACGGAUACUACCGUGAUCAAGGUCCAGGAACUUAAAAAUAAUGUCACAUCAGCGGUCACGAAGCUACGAGAUGCUUUUUUGUGCGCGAAGAAAACCAAAAUAACGACUUCUUGAGAAAUCCAUCUCGGCCUCAACCGGCAGCGUACGCUGUUCUGGGUCGGCUGCACCACGAGGAUGCACUGUCCACAUCGUUCACGCUUCGAUAAGAGCGGAAAAACAACGUUUCCAAGUGAAGCAGUUGACGCGGAGCAACGUACGUCUUUUCUGUUCAGUGGAUACUCUCCAAAAUGGCGGCUGGGUGUUAUUAUUCUGCUUUUCUUUGCGCACAAAAAGUACUGUCACGUCUUUGUAAAAUUACGGUUGAACCCCUGCUGACGCAUGGAUUAUUUUAACAGUGUCCUUAUCGUGACCUUAUUUUAAUGUCUUCUUGACCCUGGUAGUAUUCUUGCUGUCUACGGAGGAUCAGAGAGCUCUUAGAAUUAAAGGUGAAGAUGAGCCGAGGUCUUACGGGUUUAGAACGAAAUGAGGGCGAGGAACCAAUCACAGUGAACUAGCCCUCGAAGUUAUUUGUUUAAAAAAAAGCUCCUAAAAAGAAUCUGCCCAUCUACUCGCUUUUACAGCUUCAUCGUGUUCAUAAUUACUCUCUUGAAAACGAUUCUCACUCAAACGUUUUAGUUUUGAAAGCUUUUUUUCUGGUUGCAGUAGGCUUUAAAAAUCAUAAAAUGUGUGUUCGCUCGUUAGGAUUAUCGUCAUAAAACAUUCGCUAGUUCUGAACUUCGCUGCUCACUGAGCUUAUUAUCCAAAAGCCAAUUAAAAAAAUCCUAUUGGGUGUUUAUGGGGAAACCGGGGUGAUGCUAAUUUCCAGGCUGGCCUAGAAAAAAACGAAAAAAAGUCACCGCUGCGUUUCUCCACUGGUGGUCUGUGCUUUGUGUCUCCACUCAAUUGCGUGCGGUUGUGAAAAAUGAAUGUGAUUUGUCACUCGCGACGCCCUACAUUGCCGUCGACUUUGGCCGCUCUGCCGGUGUCGAUCAGUUACAGGACUGCCAGCAAUACCGAGACACUCGUCCAGACAAAGAAGAUAAUUGGCUAAACCCAUCCAACCUUCCGUAACCUGUUUAAUCUGUAGAAACUGUGAUUACGCAACGGGUCGAGAGCCGUCACUGUAGCAAUGAGGAUGUUGAGCGGAGCUGCACCAGCCGUUGCUGCCAAUAGUCGGGUUGCAAUGAGGUCGAGGUUUAGUCGAAUAGCGAUACUUUUUAUUCCUACCUGAGAUGCAGGUGGUCCGUGUUCAUGUGUUCGUACCAGGUGCUCAGAGCAGAUCAGGUGCCGCGGACCUUCUGAUUUAGGAACCUCUCUGUGCAACCUUUUGAACGUUGUGGUGCUUUUGCCAAGUUUUUUCCGUCACUUUCGUCAAAAACCGCCUGUGUCAAUCUGUUGCGUACCGGGUAUCUUGCGAACAAAUUCCUGAUAUUUUAGGAUCACGAAACAAAGAUUAUUAUUUUUGUUCAUUUUGAAAUAUAAGGUAAUAUUAAUCAGACUCUUUCGGGAGAUUAAUCGCGCUCUCGAUCAGAGCUGUAAGAUGAUUAAACGCAUUCAAAAUAAAAGUUUUAGUUUGC